AUGGUACUCUCCAACUCUUACCUUCCGUCGGUGCUAGCGGCUGCAAUACUGCUGGCUACCGCAAACGGCCACGGCUACUUGACGGAGCCGGCCGUGACGUUCCUGUCCUCGUCGACCGACAACACGCAGUUCAUCGCCACCAUCGAGUCGUCGGCGUCCGACUUCAGUGGCACCUUCUCGGGCUCGCCGGCCGACAACACGGCCGCCUUCACCAAGGCCUUCGAGGCCAGCUCGUACACGUCGCUGAAGGAGCUCAUCAACGACAAGGCCACUAUCACGGUCACGGACGCCACGCUCACCUGCGGCUCGUGCUACCCGGACGAGACGGCCCAGCCGCUGCCCGACACGUACGUGGAGUGGUCGCACUCGUCCACGGAGGGCUUCAGCUCCUCGCACGCGGGCCCCUGCGAGGUGUGGUGCGACGAUGUGCGAGUGUUCCAAGACGACGACUGUGCUGCCGACUAUACUUCGGCCCCGGCCGAGCUGCCGUACGACCGCGACGCGUGCUUGGGCACCAGCACGCUGACCUUCUACUGGCUGGCACUGCACUCGUCGACCUGGCAGGUCUACAUCAACUGCGCGCCGCUCGAGAGCAUCACCUCCACGGGCGCGACGUCCAAGUACGCGGUCGGGACCAGCUCCGACACAAGCACCAGCACCACGUCCAACAGCACGAGCUCCACUACGUCGACCACAUCGUCUCCUAUUACGACAACGGCAACCAGCACGGCGUCGUCGGCAGCAACGUCCACUUCAACUUCAACGUCAACGACAAGCACCACGACUGCGCCGACUGCGGACACCAGCACAGCGACAACUUCUUCGACGUCAGCUCCGAGCACCACUUCGCCAUCGACAGCCAGCUCGACAACGACGGCGCCGUCAACCAGCUCACCUUCGACGGCGACUACUGCCAGCUAUGGCACUUCCAACCAGUGGACGUCGACCAAUUCAACGGGCUCGACGAAGACGAACGGCGGAUGGUCGGGCAACGGCAACAGCGACGUCCAAGCGACGACCGGAACCGUUUCGCCUAACCGGGGCACCGCCAGUGGCUGGAACAGCGCCGGCUGGGGCAACAGCUUUGGCUUCCGCCACUAA